AUGGCUGAUAUGGAUGUACAAGAACGUAAGAUAGUUGUUGCAAUUGAUGAAGGAGAAGAAAGUAUAUAUGCACUAACAUGGGCAAUCAAGAAUAAUGUUUUUGUAGUGUCACAAAAGUCUAAUGAUACCAUCCUUCUUCUCUAUGCAAAACCACAUAUGCAACUUAUUUCAACUCUAGAUGAACCAGAGUAUUUGUUUUCAUCUGAUGUUAUUAUAUCAAUGGAGAAAUAUAGUAAGGAUGUUUCUGAUUGUGUGAUUGAGAAAGCUAAAAGGGUUUGCAAAGAUCUUCAAAGUGUGAAAGUGGAGAUAAGGGUUGAGGAAGGUGAUCCUAGAGAUGUGAUCUGUGAUGUAGUUGAGAAGAUUGGUGCUGAUAUAUUAGUCAUGGGGACUCAUGGCUAUGGCAUGAUCAAGAGGGCCCUUCUUGGAAGCGUAAGUACUCAUUGUGCACAAAAUGUCAAGUGCCCUGUUUUAAUUGUGAAAAGACCGAAAUCAGAGGUUGGAAAUAAAUCAUCCUAGGCUGUUUAUUCUAAGUUUGCUGCUGGGGUUCUCAUGCACGAUGCAUCCCCUUUGCGUUGCACUACUGCAAAGGACUAUCGCACCCCUGGCCAAAAAAAAAGAAAAAAAAAAGAAGAAGAAGUUUGGCAAGUUUUUAGCUGUUCCUUGUUUGUAAUUGUGAGUGAGUGAUGAUGUAAAUGUGUGAUUGUUGUUAAAGUUGUUCUUCUAAUAAUAUUAGAAUGAGAGUAUAAUGUGG